GAUGAAACGGUACGACGUGUGAUUUUUCGAGGUGUAGGGGAUGCAGCCGAGAAAUGUGUAUCCUGUGUUGAAGUGUACAAGCGAAAACGGCAGGAAGAGCUUUACCAGUGGAAUGCGUUAAGUACUGCGAAACGUGUCACAUACUGGGAUCCUAUCGUGGAAGGGAUGAAUAGAUUGAAAGUUACGAUUGAUACCCCUGUGAUUUUCAUAAUGUUAUCGCGAGAUCCAUAUCCAGCGGAGUUGCAGUGUAUGAGCAUGCAGAAAACCUCGGAUGGUAGCAAGAAAAUAGAGAAAAAACCAACCGAUGGACGACCAGCUCGUCGCGGUGGCAAGAAACCACAGCGUGGGCCAAAUAAAUGGGCUAGACCAUCGAAGGAGGCAAAGGAAGCUGAGAUGGCGGAGAGACAUGAAGUAGUAGAAAAAUUGGAGAAAAUGCCAUAG